CCCCGGGGAUCGGCGCUGUUAAAGUGCUGCCCCGCGAUCGCGUCGUGCUGCGCGGCGCCUUGCGGGACGGAGCCCCCGACCUUUUCUCCUAUGGGAAGUUUGGGGCGCCUCCCGACCCCGGCAGAGGCUGCGGCAGGUAUUAGUGCGAAGAUAGCUGAAGUAAUGAGAAGUCAUCAUGGAAGCCCAGUCCCAUAACUCUACCACGGGCGAGAAGAAAAAAAUUGAGAAUCCCAUAGUGAAAUGCUCCACUCGAACAGAUGUCAGUGAGAAAGCUGUGGCCUCCAGCACAACAUCAAAUGAGGAUGAAAGUCCUGGACAGACCUAUCACAGAGAGAGAAGAAACGCAAUCACAAUGCAGCCACAGGGCGGGCAAGGCCUCAGUAAAAUCAGCGAAGAGCCUUCGACUUCUAGUGAAGAAAGGGCCUCAUUAAUCAAGAAGGAAAUCCAUGGAUCUAUAUCGCACCUCCCUGAACCUUCUGUACCUUACCGCGGGACCGUCUUUGCUAUGGACCCUAGGAAUGGUUACAUGGACCCUCAUUACCAUCCGCCUCACCUUUUCCCAGCAUUCCACCCUCCUGUACCAAUUGACGCAAGACAUCAUGAGGGGCGUUACCAUUAUGAACCAUCUCCCAUUCCUCCGCUGCAUGUGCCUUCUGCUCUAUCAAGUAGCCCAACGUACUCGGACUUGCCAUUCAUCAGAAUUUCCCCGCAUAGGAAUCCUGCUGCAGCAUCAGAGUCUCCCUUCAGCCCGCCUCACCCGUAUAUUAACCCUUACAUGGACUACAUUCGAUCCCUGCACAGCAGCCCGUCCCUGUCUAUGAUCUCAGCAGCUCGUGGACUCAGCCCUACAGAUGCUCCACAUGCCGGAGUUAGUCCUGCUGAAUAUUAUCAUCAGAUGGCUCUGCUGGCAGGUCAGCGCAGUCCAUAUGCAGACAUACUUCCUUCAGCUGCCACUGCAGGAGCUGGUGCCCUUCAUAUGGAAUAUCUCCAUGCCAUGGAUAGCGCCAGGUUUCCAAGUCCCAGGCUGUCAACAAGACCAAGCCGAAAGCGAACGUUGUCCCUAUCGCCACUGUCUGAUCAUAGCUUUGACCUUCAGACCAUGAUCCGGACGUCUCCCAACUCCUUGGUCACAAUUCUCAACAAUUCCCGUAGCAGUUCUUCGGCAAGUGGCUCUUAUGGCCACUUAUCUGCGAGUGCAAUAAGCCCUGCCCUGAGUUUCACGUACCCUCCCACACCAGUAUCCCUCCAGCAGAUGCACCAGCAAAUCAUCAGCCGCCAGCAAAGCCUCGGCUCAGCCUUUGGGCACAGCCCUCCGCUCAUCCAUCCUGCUCCAACCUUUCCCACCCAGAGGCCUAUUCCUGGCAUCCCUGGUGUCCUGAACCCUGUCCCGGUCAGUUCAGGUCCAUCGGAGUCCACACAGAACAAACCAACAAGUGAGUCUGCUGUGAGCAGCACUGGCGACCCGAUGCAUAAUAAGCGUUCCAAGAUGAAACCGGACGACGACCUCCCCAGCCCAGGUGCAGGAAGCCUGCAGGAACCGCCUGAAGGAAUGACCUUAGUGAAAGAGGAAGGGGAUAAAGAUGAAAGCAAGCAAGAGCCCGAAGUUGUCUACGAGACAAACUGCCAUUGGGAGGGCUGUUCUCGAGAGUUUGACACACAGGAGCAGCUAGUGCAUCACAUAAACAAUGACCACAUACACGGGGAGAAGAAAGAGUUUGUAUGUCGAUGGCUGGAUUGUUCCCGAGAGCAGAAGCCAUUCAAAGCCCAGUACAUGCUGGUGGUACACAUGAGGAGGCACACAGGAGAAAAGCCACACAAAUGCACUUUUGAAGGCUGUACAAAGGCCUAUUCCAGGCUGGAAAACUUGAAAACCCACUUGAGAUCUCACACUGGAGAGAAACCAUAUGUCUGCGAACACGAGGGCUGCAACAAAGCCUUCUCCAACGCGUCGGAUCGGGCCAAGCACCAAAACAGAACUCAUUCCAAUGAGAAACCCUACGUUUGCAAGAUACCAGGGUGCACCAAGCGCUACACGGACCCCAGUUCUCUCCGAAAGCAUGUGAAGACCGUGCAUGGCCCUGAGGCUCACGUCACCAAGAAGCAGCGUGGAGACAUCCACCCCAGACACCCACCCCCCCGAGACCAAGGCAGCCAUUCUCAAUCCCGAUCGCCAGGCCAUCAGACUCAGGGUGCAACGGGUGAGCAAAAAGACCUCAGCAACACUACCUCAAAGCGUGAAGAAUGCCUCCAAGUUAAAGCCGUCAAGUCAGAAAAGCCAAUGACAUCUCAGCCAAGCCCUGGUGGUCAGUCUACAUGCAGCAGCGAACAGUCCCCCAUCAGCAACUAUUCCAACCAUGGGAUCGAGCUUAAUCUGACCAGUAGAGGUAGUGUAGGAGACCUCAGCGUCAUAGAUGAAACCCCUAUCAUGGACUCUACCAUUUCCACAGCAACCACAGCACUUGGCUUACAAGCCAGGAGGAAUAUGACAGAGACCAAAUGGAUGGAGCAAGUCAAGCUAGAAAGGUUGAAACAAAUCAAUGGAGUGCUUCCAAGACUGAACCCCAUGCCACCUUCCAAAGCCCCAACAUUGCCACCUCUCAUAGGAAAUGGUACUCAAUCAAGCAGCAGCUGCAAUGUAGGAGGAAACAUGACUAUCCUGCCCAACAAAAAUGAACUCACAAAUAUGGACAUCACUGUGCUAAACAUGCUGAACAGAAGGGACAGCAAUACCAGCACAAUCAGUUCUGCCUACAUGAGCAGCCGUCGGUCCUCUGGGAUUUCGCCUUGUUUCUCCAGCCGGAGAUCCAGUGAUGCUUCGCAGGGUGAAGGGAGGCCCCAGAACGUCAGUGUUGCCGACUCCUAUGACCCCAUUUCAACGGACGCUUCCAGGCGAUCCAGUGAAGUCAGCCAGUGUGAUGGCUUGCCAGGUCUUCUCAGCCUUACACCUGCCCAGCAAUACAGGCUGAAGGCAAAAUAUGCUGCAGCUACCGGUGGACCCCCGCCAACACCACUGCCAAAUAUGGAGAGGAUGAGCUUGAAAACAAGAAUGGCACUACUGGGGGACGGCAGGGAGUCUGGAGUGUCCCCGCUGCCCCCUGUGCAUUCUCCGCGAAGAUGCAGUGAUGGCGGGACAAACGGUUACAGCAGGAGACACUUGCUGCCUCAUGACAUGUUGGGCAACAGCACAAGGAGAGCCAGUGAUCCCGUGAGACCCGUCUCUGACAACCUUUCUUUCCCCCGAGUCCAGCGAUUCAACAGCCUCAAUAGCUUUAAUUCUCCGGCUUUGCCUCCGUCCGUGGAAAAGCGUAACUUCAUUCUUCAGAACUACACCCGCUCCGAUGGGGGCUUCUUCCGCAACUUCUCUUCUCCUUGUCCUCCGAGUAUCACUGAGAAUGUGGCCAUGGAGACGGCUACCCUGGAAGCGGGUGGCAGUUUGAAUGAUGAGGAUCUCCUACCAGAUGACGUGGUCCAGUAUUUGAACUCUCAGAAUCAGGGUUUGUACAACCAACUGCCAAAUGGUGGGUUAGACAACAACAAAUUACAGCACAGCUCAGUAAUUAGUAACAACGACAGCUUUGACCAGUCCCCUCAGCUGAACAACUCUGAUACCAAUAAGAGCGAUCUGCCGAUUCAGUGGAAUGAAGUAAGCUCAGGAAGUUCUGACUUAUCUCCAUCAAAAUUAAAAUGCGGGCAGCGUUCCGUGCUCCAGCAAAAUCAAAACGUGGGCCUGUAUAACAACUUGGUGGUCCAGCAGCAGCAGCAGCAGCAUGGACUGGAGAGACAUGCUGUGAUCCAACAAAAUGGUUACCAGCAUCUUCUAGACAACACUGGCUCUUGCGGUUUACAGCAGAAUUUGACUGCAAAUGGUGACACCAGUCAUUCUUACCACAUGCAGUCAAACAAGGCUCAGCUAUAUGGUGAAAGCAUUGGCCGACAACCAGUGGAAAACACAUGUGACAUGAUGGUUCAAGGGCAAAAGCUGAGAAACAAUUUCAUGCCAGCAAAUGGGAGCCAGCAAAAUUUCGGCUACCCAAUGGUAUCAGACGAGCAAUCAGCCAACGUAAUCAGCAGGAUGCAAAGUAGAAACACGGCUGUCCAGGAGUACCUUCAUAAUCCACCAGCGGAUGAAGUCAGUCACUACCAAGAAGUAAACUAUUCCAAUAAAGCACUGCUAGAGCCGGUAGCAGCCCUUUCACAAACCAGCCAUUUUCAAGGCCCACAGAGUUGCAUACCGCUCUCUCACAACAUUGGAGCCCAGCCAGUAGGUUUAGGGACAACCAAAGGUUACCAGCCCUGUGCAAACUACUGUGGUGGCAGGCGGCAGAACACAUUCAGGAGUAACUUGGUGCGGCAACAAGGACACGUUAAGGAUGCCAGUCAGCCUCACAGGGUCAAUGGCAUCAAGGUAGAGUCUCAAGGUCCGUCGCAACAGUUUUGCUCUAACAUGCAGAAUUACUCUGGUCAGUUGUAUGACCAAACCACAGGGUUUACCCAGCCAGCUUUGAAAACAGGUGCUUUGCCCCUUUCAGAAGCCACCUGCAUGCUGCAGGGGACUGGCAAUGCAAUCUCGUCAGAGCUGCUUUCCCCAGGGACCAAUCAGGUAACAAGCACCGUGGACAGCAUUGACGCCAGCAGCCUCGAAGGUGUGCAGAUUGAUUUUGAUGCGAUCAUAGACGAUGCUGACCACGCCAGCUUAAUUUCAGAAGCCCUCAGUCCCAGCCUCAUUCAGAACCUCUCCCGCAAUUCCUCUCGUCUCACCACUCCCCGAGCGUCUCUUACAUUCCCAGCAAUGCCCAUAAGCACAACCAACAUGGCUAUUGGGGACAUGAAUUCUUUGUUGACCUCACUUGCAGAAGAAAGCAAGUUUCUUGCUGUUAUGCAAUAGACAUAAACAAAUUAGGAAGUGGAAGGUUU